AGGCUAAUUUGUUAACUGUCAUGAUAGACAGACAGCAUGUGUGUUGUCCCAGCCAAAGCCAGAAGUGUUACUAUUUUUUGCUUGGGUUUUUUUUUUAGGUGGCAAUUUCAGUGGAGACCUAAGUAACUCAUGCUGGAAAAACAUUUGUGAAGCAUGUAUUUUCAAAUGGCAGAAGCCUGUGAGGAGUAGAUAGUGCUGGUUUUGUUGGAAACGGAAGGCUGGCUUUGGGCAGAGGUUGGGUGGCUCCUUUGCUCCUUGGCUCUUUUGUUAGGGGGUUGCAGCCUUAGUCCCUAAUGCUAGGCGGGUUGUGUCUCCUUUCCCUCCGCUCUAGCCCCUCAGCAGAAUGCCAUAAAGCUGCAGAAGUACAAAGAUGGCUUUCAGCUGUCUCUUUUGCCUUGUUCCUGUUCUCUGUUAAGUACAUCUCUCUUGUGGUGCAGCAUCUAAACUGCUUGCUAUGGGAAAUACUUUGGAUAUAAAAGUAGGAAAAUUUUGUAGGCUUUUAAGCAUUUAGGAGUAGGUGACUUCAGUAAGCUAAAUCAGUACUCUUUUUACAAUUGAAAUUUUGCAACUGUUGUUUGAGUUUCUUUAUAGAAGUCCUUUAUAUAUCGAAGCUGAUAUCUGCAUAGAAGCAAGAUAACUAGUUGUCCCGAACACAGAAACCAGCAGAAACAAAUGAAAAUGAUACAGUCCUUUGCUGCAGGGGUGGCAGAGGAGCUGGUGGAAAAGCUUUGCUUUAAAUAUUUUUUCAUGCUUUAGGGUAAUAAUAAAUGCUGAUUUGGAGUUGUGGAUUUCAGUAUUGAUGUAGAAUCAAUACAUUUAUAAUGACUAGCUGAAUAUUAAUUAUUCCUGUGUUCUGAUGAUAAGUGGAAGGUUUCAUCAGGUAGAUGAGGGGAAACUCUAGUCAUCAGUUCCCAUGAAACUGAAGCUUCUCUUUAGAAAGAAAAAAAAUCUUUAGGUAGAGCUUUUCCUGCAGGGCCACUCUGUUUCAGUGCAGGUGUUCAGCCUCUCACUCAGGACACCCCAAAAUGCUGCUUGGGAAAGAACCAGCAGCUUGCCUGGGCAUGGGAGCACCCAGGACUGCAGCUGGGGAAAGGGCUCACGGUGCAGAACUCUUGCCUACUGCCACUGAUAAUCCAAAGGGCAGAGCUGCAAUAGAAACCCUUUAGUGUGAUUUUCCUGUGCCCUUAGGUAGUAGGCUUUUAUCGUUCCCAGCCUGGGGCGACAUGGUGGUGGAAUGUCAGCUUUACCAGGCAUCUGCAAUUCCAAAAGAUAAAGCUCCCUAAAUAGCAUCCCAGGAGAGGAGAGGGCUAGGGGGAGUCCCAGCAGCCAGCCAGUGGGUGGGCAGCUGGGCUGGUCCAGCAAGACGUUUCAGUUGCCCAGAAUUUUGCAUUUGUGCAUCUUCCUGAUUUUGUUCACUUUCAGCUUCUGGUUUGUGUCUUUAGUCCGCUGGCUAGUAGGUUUUUCAAGUUUUUAAUCCUUGCAUUUAAAUAAGCUGCAUUUUGCUGAAAAGCUUUACUCCAUACAUGCCUGCACAAAUCUGUUAGCGUGUUUUCCUAAGCCAAAAGCAACGCUAUAGCAGUAUUUUCCCUGCUUUUCACCAAAUGAACCUCAGGUCAUUUCUUAGAUGUUUUCAGUAACGGGAUAGAUGCCUUGAAGUUCUCAUAGAGAGUUAUUAUGGAAUCCUGUUUAGUUCUCUGGCGCUGGAGAUGGGUGACCCUGCUUACGCUAAAGAUAGAUUUCCUGGGCUGCGGGCUGCCUUGCUGGAGCGGUGCAGCUUUGAGCAGAUGGCCAUAAAUGGGGACAGCAACUGGAGCGAGCCGCGUACCUUAGCCCCAGUGUGGAUGGUGUGCAACAGGUGUUUCUGCAGUCGCUACUUGUAAAAACCUUUGCAAGGUGGAAGCAUCGGUUCAUGGAAGUAAUGUGCACUGCACGGAUAAGACAAUUGAAGCUGCAGAGGCCUUGCUUCAUAUGGAGUCUCCUACCUGCUUGAGAGAUGCCAGGAGUCCUGUGGAAGUUUUUGUCCCUCCUUGUGUGUCAACCCCAGAAUUUAUCCAUGCAGCCAUGAGACCCGAUGUGAUCACAGAAACUGUGGUGGAGGUAUCAACGGAGGAGUCUGAACCGAUGGAUGCAUCUCCUGUUCCAACUUCCCCCGAUAUCCAUGAGCCAAUGAAAAAGAAAAAAGCUGGCCGUAAACCAAAGACCCAACAAUCAGCUAUAUCUGAUGGGUCUCCAGAUCUGGGUAUAAAGAAGAAGCCUAGAGAAGGCAAAGGAAACACGACUUACUUAUGGGAGUUUCUUCUGGACCUUCUCCAGGACAAAAAUACUUGUCCUCGAUACAUUAAAUGGACUCAGCGAGAGAAGGGAAUCUUUAAACUUGUGGACUCAAAAGCUGUCUCCAAACUAUGGGGAAAACACAAAAACAAACCUGACAUGAACUAUGAGACUAUGGGAAGAGCUCUGAGAUACUACUAUCAAAGAGGAAUCCUUGCAAAAGUUGAGGGACAGAGGCUUGUAUAUCAGUUCAAGGAGAUGCCAAAAAAUAUAGUUGUCAUAGACGAUGACAAAAGCGAGUCCUGCAAUGAAGACUUGUCAAUGCCUACAGAUGAAAAGUCAUUGGAAAGGGUGUCGUUAUCCGCAGAAAACCUUUUAAAAGCAGCAACCUCUGCACGUGGAGGAAAAAGUUCCUCUCAGUUAAGCUGUACCAGAACAGAAAAAGCAGUCACCAGAGUUGUGAAUAUUGCCUCGCCAGCGCAUGAUACAUCGUCAUCUCGUCCCUCAACUACCACUACUACUGUCCCAGCAACGACAGCUCCCAGGACUGUACGUGUGGCAAUGCAAGUGCCUGUUGUAAUGACCUCUCUGGGACAGAAAAUCUCAACUGUGGCAGUGCAGUCAGUAAACACAGGGUCACCAUUAAUAACCAACACAAGUCCAACAACAGCAACAACUCCAAAGGUAGUAAUCCAGACAAUCCCUACUGUGAUGCCAACCUCUGCUGAAAACGGAGAUAAAAUCACAAUGCAGCCUGCCAAAAUCAUUACAAUCCCUGCCACGCAACUUACGCAGUGUCAGUUACAAACAAAAACGGGCCUGUCUGGGUCAGGAAGUAUUAACAUCGUGGGAACCCCGUUGGCUGUUAGAGCACUAACCCCAGUGUCUAUAGCUCACGGGACACCGGUAAUGAGACUAUCAGUGCCUGCUCAGCAGGCGUCUGGCCAGACUCCUCCCAGGGUGAUUAGUGCAGUUAUAAAAAGUCCAGAAGUUAAAUCAGACACAGCGGCUUUAAAACAGGAACAUGAAGUGAAAACACUGCAGCUGGUAAAAGAAGAGAAGCCGGCAGAUGGAAGCAAGACUGUGACCCACGUAGUGGUAGUUAGCACGCCCUCAGCUAUUGCCCUUCCUGUAACAAUGAAAACAGAAGGAAUCCUAACGUGCGAGAAAUGAAGAAUAGGUUGCUUCCAGCAUGGACUUCUAGACUGUUACGGUUUUGAAUAUACUGACAUAACUGGGGGAGGGAAGUGGAUGUGAUCACCAAGUCGAAAAGGAGAGUUUUGAAAUGUUAAUAAACAUGUUGAAGACUUACUGGAAAAAAAAAUUAUUUUCCCGUGUUUCAGUGGGAAUUGAACCACAUUGAUAUGCUGACAAAAACUGUCUCUUCCAGUUGGGAAACAGCUGAAACAAUGGAGAAGGAAAGAUAGAGGGACUGAAAAGGGACCAAACAGUUCACUACGUUACCUGUUACCAAGUUACACUAAGACCUGGAACACUAAACGAGAGUUGUGUGAGAGGUUUGCCUUGGUUUUUAGUUUUCAGGGGGAGGGGAAAGUCUCAUUGUUACAAACAGCAAAUUUGAUGCAUUUUAUAUGCAUACCAGCAAUUACUACUGUGUGCCCACAGUACUCAACUGGUGCUAUGUGAAAAACUCUGCUACUUAGGUAUUGUAGAAUGUGAAAUAAAGGAGGAGAUUAAAGAGCUUCUAAAAGAAGACAGAGACCUAGAGGGAUUUUUGUAUCAUACAGCUUAAGCAGAUUCAAAAUGAAAGCCUUAGACUGAUUUUCAGUUACCUUUCUUGAAAUAAGCUAAUGGCUUGUUUGUGUAAAGCUUUUUUAUUAAAACAAAUUUUUUUAAAAUCUUGUACCUAGCACAGUAUUGUUAUAGAAUUACAUGUAACAUAUUUUGUAUGGUAGUUAAAAGCCUGUCUAAAUUUCUUAAUUGUGGACAAAAUAGCAGCAGGCUUGCUGCCUUCUGCUGUAACAUGCCUGUGUCUCUCACUUAGCCUUGACAUCUGUGCAUACAUUACAGUUUCAGCUCUACCCUGUCACUUGAAAGGUCACGCCCAGCAUGAGCUUUUGUCAGGUAGUUCUUAACCUGUAAAAUUUUUUUAGUUGAAGUUAAGAGGGAAGUACCAGUGUUCAGAAUGAACUAUAAUAGUUUGUAUAUUCAACAUUUGAAGUAUAUUCUAUUUUGUUGUACUCUUGUUUCAAAGUGUAUUCAAGUAGGUUUUACUGAAAUAUAGAAACAAAAUUUAAUGGU